AUGUCUUCAAAUCAAUCUAACCCGCAAUUUGUGGACCCGUCAAUUGUUACACUUGAGAAAGAUGUAUCUGCGUCCAUGACCUCCAACAAGAUUAAACCGCUGCUGCGUCAACCGCAGAAUGAACGAAAAUCGUCGCAUUCAUCACUUCAUAAUUUGGAACCAGGAAAUGCAUUGAGUAGGUUGUUGGAUAGUGCCAUGGCCCACGCAGCAAAGGAAUCAACACCAGAACCUACAACUGAUGUUGCUGAGCACGAAGGUGAUGAUCCAAAUGCAGAAGCACGCGAGUGGGAAGAGAUUUUAAACUUUAUACCGACUUCCAAGCAAGGGGCAGCAAAUAUAUACCCCAUCAACCAAUUACUUGAGUUAAGAAUUGAAGUUGAUGAAGUGCCACAUGUCAAGGAAUUGUUACCAGAGUUGUCGUUUUGGAGAUUGAAAGCUUACCGUGAACCAUAUCCAAGACAUUUGAACAACAAUCUGAAUUCAGAAAAUGGCGGCACAUACAAGGCCAAGAAAUUCAAAAAGCAUCAAAAUGAGACUUGGGAAAGAGGCAAAACUUCUUCUCACUAUGGCGAAAAUUCUAAACUGGAUCCAUUUACUCGUCGCGGGGGUCGUCACGGAUUCGCCAAAGCAGAAGAUUUGGAUUCGCUUUCAAGUGAAAAAAUCUCACAAUUGUUAGGCGAAGGACCAGAUGAGUUGGAACCUGAAUGGGAUGCUGAAAUACUUGGGGAUGGUAAAAUAGGUAAAUCUGGCCGUGGCAGUAUUGGUGGGGUUGAUGAUGACUUGGCUCACAUGUCAAUGAUGAACAUGGGACAAACAGUGGAGGAUUUUGAAAAGUGGAAGUAUCAAAUGAAGUUGGAAGAAAAGAGAAGAAGAGGUGAAGUAGUCGAUGAAGAAAUUGAACAGCAGCAAAAGGCAGAUGACGAAAGCGCAGCCAAGAAUGCUGGUAAUGAAGUUGAUAAUUUCUUUUCUUUCAUUAAACCUACACAUAGAGAGUCAACCACUGAAGAGAAUGUAGUCACUUCUGCAACACUAGAAGAGUCAAACCAAGCCAACACGUCCUCAAAUAAUGCCAAUCACCGCUCGUCUCGUUUUUCAUCUUUUUUCCAGCAACCUAUCACUCAACCCCCCAAACAAGCAGAUGCAGAGCCAGUACAGCAAAAGCCGCCAACACUGACAACGAUGCCUCCUCCAGGGCUCUCCAAAUUUUUUAGUGGGCAAAGAAGUGGUCCUCAAACCCCUCAGUAUACGUCGGAGCCCCCACUGUUGAAUGCAAGUGAGACCGGAUUGCCACAAUUACAAAGACAACCGUCGUCGUGGUCAUCACCACUGGGACAACCUCCAACUCAUCCAACUAACGGGAACCCAGUGCAGCAACAACAACAGCAGCAGCAGCAGUCACAGCAGCAGUCACAGCAGCAGCCACAACAACCACAACAGCCACAACAGCCAGCAAUACCGCACUUAUCUUCUAACGAUAGCUUUUUCCGCUCAUUGUUGAAAAAGAAAGAGAAUGCUGAAGCAUCACCUUCUUCGGCAGCGUCUAGUCCAGUGGUUGAUCGAGCACCAAGUUCUACCAUCGGCGAGAGAAAAUCAAGCCCAUCAGAUUCUGGAGCUAUCCCAGGCCUAUCAAAUAGGAAGGUGUCCGUUGGAAGUGAUGGUGAACGCAGCCUCCUGGGUGGUCCUCAACCACAGCACCCACAGCACCCACAGCAACAGCAACAGCACCCCCUCCAUCCAGGUCAGUUUCCACCAGGGUUGAUACCACCCGGUGGCCAAUUUCCACCUUGGAUGAGAGGACCACCACAGCAAAUGGGUAAUUUCCCACCCGGAUUGCAACCACCCCUCCCACAUCCCCAAUCACGCGAACAGCAACAGAAACCUAGUCAACAAGUAGAUCAAAGUGGAGAAGAUAAGGGGACUUUUUCUACCCAACUGCCUCUGCAACAGCAACAACAGCAACAACAGCAACAACAGCAACAACAACAGCACCCCAGAUUUAUGUUCCCUUAUGGACAACCGGGACAACAACUGCAGCAACCAGGAAACCGUAUGCCAGUGCCUCCGCCUGGUAUGUUCCCUCAUGGAUUCAUGCCUCCAAUGCCACCGCCACCUCCAGGUUCAAACUUUGGACAAGGUCAAGGUCCACCUCCACCACCUGGAUUUCGUCAAUCUCAAAUACCGCCAGAGUUUAUGAACAACCACAAUGCAAGGUUCAUACCCCCGCAAUACUUGGGCACUCAAGGUGGAUCACCGCAAAUGCCUCCACCACCACCACCACCAGGAUUUCAACAACAGCCACAACAGCAACACCAACCGCACCGAGUGCUGCAGGGCCCUAACCCAAAUCAACAACAACAGUUACAUCUGGAUAAACUGUAG